AGUUUUUGUAUUUCAAUGUUGAUCAUUUGCAUUUUAGUUCUUCCCCGAUUUAUGCGUUUAUUCCAUGAUAAUAAAGAAAUGGGUCGUACAAAAAUUUUUCCUGUAAAUAACCGUACGUUUGCCACUUGCGGGAGUGAGAAACCGCCUUUUCACAUAUAUGUAUAUCCGUGCGCCUUUCUCUCUUCCACAUUAAAAACCGCGACCACGUCUUGCGUUGUAUACUUGUAUCAAUGUAUCCAUUCUUCUAUUAUCUAUGCCAUUGACACCGAAAGAACAGGACGAUCGUCGUUGUAUGCUUGCGCGGAUUCCACUAUUCCAAUCGGAUUUUUUGUUCCCAUUAAAUUUUUCUUGUGUGGUGUGCUCACACCGUGAUUAUUUCUUAUACCGUCACGCAUCUAUAUAUUAAUAUCCAACCGAUCAUGGCUGGUCAGUCGCAUGGUAGUGAGUCGGCUUUGGUGGAUUGUGCCCAAAAUUCCAAGGAAACAGUAUUUUGUAAUAAUAAAAUCAACUUCCCUAAAAUGGCUUUUAAUUCUCAUGUGCUAAUGAAAGACAAUGUUAGUUCAAAAUCUAAAAUUAGUUUAGAAUUAAAUCCUGUUGGUUCACUACAAGAGUUAUGCACGGCCCGCCAUUGUCCAUAUCCCGUUUACUCUUUCCCCGAUGAAAACUUAAAGAAACACCAAGUAGAAUUUAGAGUGGUAUGUUCAAUAUCUAUUUAUGAAUCUUCAGGCUCAGGCAUAUCUAAGCAAGCAGCUAAAAAGCAAGCAGCUUACUUAAUGUACAAACAAAUAGAAAAAUUGACGUCAGAAGAUAUCAAACUAAUUUGGGAUAAUGAAUAUAAAGAUGAAACUCCUAGUGAUUCAAACUUAUUACUGCACCAUGAGCUUCCAUGCAGCCUUAAGUUAUUUUUAUCUCAUGAAUCAAGGACUUAUUUGAAAAUCUUUUUUAAUUCAGAUGCACCCAAAAUACCACGAUUACAAAAAAAAUACUCAACAGCUUCUGAUGCUUUGAAUUCAAUUUUAGAAAUAGAAGAUAUUACUUUAAAAAGUGACAUUGUUUCUUGCAAUUCUGGUAAAGUAGAAGUUUUGAUGCAGGUUAAUACUAUUCCAAGAAUUGUGAUUUCAGGAUCUGGAGAAAAUGAAUCUGAUGCUCGAGAAUCUGCUGCUCGUGUUAUUUUAUCAUACUUUAAAUCUGUACUAAAUAUUUAGUCAUUUAACAUAAAAAAUGUCUAUAUUUUUAAUAAGUAUUUGCUAUUUAGUAUCAAUGUUUUAUAUUACACUUUAUAAACUAUGUAAUCAUUAAUUCUUCAAAUUAAUCACACAAUUACUAUAUCCAA